AUGGUAAAAUAUGUUUUUUUUUUUAAUGAAAACAUUGAUGUGGAUAUUUUGGAGGAUACUGCACAACAAAUUACUGUUAAGCUAUUUUUCCAGGAAUUGCACAAAAAUAUGGUAGUUACUAUGGUGUAUGCAAAGUGUGAUGAAGUGGAAAGAGUGAAUUUAUGGGACUGUUUGUGUAAUCUAUCAGCCACUAUGUCAAUGCCAUGGCUAAUAGGUGGUGAUUUUAAUGUAAUUCUGAAUGAAGAAGAGAAGAUUGGAGGCUUGCCUGUUUUCCCUCAGGAAUAUGAAGAUUUUGCUUGUUGUGUCAAUUCCUGUGAGUUGUCUGAGGUUAACUUCAAAGGCAGCCCUUUUACAUGGUGGAAUGGUAGAACAAAUGGAGAAUGCAUUUUCAAAAGGUUGGAUAGGAUGCUUGUUAAUGAUCUGUUUCAAUCCUGGUUUGGUCAAAUUGAAGUAGAUCACCUGUCAAGGACUGGGUCUGAUCAUGCACCUUUGUUAUUAUCUUGUACUGAUCAAACUCAGACAUUUAUUAAAACUUUCAAAUUUUUGAAGUUUUGGACUGAGCAUGCAGAUUUUCCUGAUGUAGUUAGGCAACAUUGGCAAGGUGAUUCAAUUGAUGUUUUCCUGGCUUUUAAGCAAAAAUUGAAAAGUGUGAAAACUGCUCUAUCACAGUGGAGUAAACAUACUUUUGGGGACAUUUUCAAACAGCUGAGCAUUAGAGAGGAGAUAGUUAGAAUCAAAGAAGACUUGUUUGAGGAAUUCCCUACAGAAGGUAAUAGAAUGAUCCUUCAAAGAGCACAAGCUGAACUGAAGAAAUAUAUGCAUUAUGAGGAGGAAUUUUGGAGACAAAAAGCUGGUUUUGACUAUGAGGCAAUUUCCUUUUAUCAGAAGCAAUUCACUCAAGAGCCUCAGCAGGAGGAGUUUUCAUUAUUGGAGCAUAUUCAAGAGCUGGUGACAGAGGAGGAUAAUGUUGUAUUUUGCAGUAUUCCAAGUCUUGAAGAAGUUAGGCAAGCAGUAUUUGAACUAGCUGGGGAUAGUGCAAGUGGCCCUGAUGGUUUAUCAGGUUUGUUUUACCAGUCAUGUUGGGAUAUAGUUGGUGUUGAUGUGCAUAAGGUGGUGAAGGCUUACUUUGAGGGUCACACUCUUCCUAAGUCUAUAACACACACAAAUCUUGUAUUGUUGCCUAAGAAGAAUGAAGUUGAGACAUUUUCUGAUAUGAGGCCAAUAAGUCUUAGCAACUUCAUAAACAAGAUAAUUUCUAGAGUGUUACAUGACAAGAUUGAUCAUAUUCUUCCUAGGCUCAUUUCAGCUAAUCAGUCUGGUUUUGUUAAAGGGAGAAACAUCAUUGAAAAUGUCUUGUUGACUCAGGAAAUUAUGGAUGACAUUAGAUUGAGAGGAAAAUCUACAAAUGUAGUUUUGAAACUUGAUAUGACUAAAGCCUAUGAUAGAGUAUCAUGGUUAUUUUUAACUAAGGUACUCAGGAAGAUGGGGUUUGCAGAAAGGAGUGUGGACUUAGUAUGGAGAUUGUUGGCUAAUAACUGGUAUUCAGUGCUAGUUAAUGGUCAACCUCAUGGCUUCUUUCACUCAACUAGGGGUGUCAAGCAGGGUGACCCUUUGUCACCUGCUUUGUUCAUUUUAUCUGCAGAGGUUCUGACAAGAGCCUUGAAUUCAUUGUUUGAAAUCUCUGAAUUUAAAGGUUAUGGGAUGCCAAAAUGGAGUGCCAAUCUUAACCACUUGGCAUAUGCAGAUGACACCAUAAUCUUUGCCUCAGCAGACAAUGAUUCACUAAACAUGAUCAUGAAGGUGUUACAGGAUUAUGAGAAGGUGUCUGGUCAGCUGAUUAACAAAAGGAAAAGUUCUUUUUACAUGUUUGCUAAAGUUUCACAGAAUAUUGUACAAGGGGUGGCAACAACUACAGGAUUUUCAAGAGGUUCAUUUCCUUUUGUGUACUUAGGAUGCCCAAUUUCUCAUGCUAGGAAGAGGAAAACAGAUUAUUCUGAACUUAUUAAAAAGGUGAAGGAUAAACUGCAAGCUUGGAAAGGGAGGUUGCUAUCACCUGGAGGAAAGGUUGCUGAUAUCAAGUUGAAACCUCCAAAAUGUGUUAUCAAGGAAAUACAUCAGAUUUUUGCCAAAUUUUUCUGGAGUAAUAAGGAAGAUGUCAAAUCUAGGCAUUGGUCUGCAUGGCUUAAUAUGUGUUUUCCUAAGGAGGAGGGUGGUUUGGGCUUCAGAUCCUUGUUUGAUGUGUCAAAGGCAUUAUGUGCUAAAUUAUGGUGGAAUUUUAGAACCUCAAACUCACUAUGGGCCAAUUACCUAUGGAACAAAUACUGCAAGAAGCAAUAUCCUCAGUAUGUCCAAUGGAAGGGAGGAGCCUUGUACUAUACAUUACCUGAUCAAGUCAUUGAUGAAAGUGUGGAAGAUGUAUCUGAACUGCUAGAUGGAAAUGAUUGGAAUUUCCAUAAGCUACAACAACUACUACCAGGUGAAAUUGUUAAUCAUAUUCAAGAGGAACUUCUGAUGAAAGAAAGUUCAACUUUGUGGGACAAGGCAUGGUGGAUGAUGACUAGCUCUGGGAAGUUUACUGUUUCAAGUGCCUGGAAUCUGCUUAGACAAAAAGGCCAUAUCUCUACAGUGUAUAAACAGCUAUGGAUAAAAGGGGUCCCUUUCAAGAUAUCCUUUUUCUUAUGGAGAUUAUGGAAGUUUAAGCUACCUGUUGAUGAAGUGCUAGCUAGCAUUGGAAUAAAUGUGAAACAAGUAGUGCAAAUAUGGUGGAAUACUAAUUGUCAUUAUAAGCUGAAACCUAUCAUUAAAGCAGUACCAGGAAUGAUCAUGUGGAAAAUAUGGAAAUGGAGAAACACAAAGCUUCAUGGAGGUUCAAUGUCUAUGCAUAGGGUGAUCCAUGAAAUUUCUCAGAACAUUCACUUGCUAUGCAAAGUAAGGUAUCCAGUUUGGCAGAACAUCCCUCAUAAGUGGCUUGAUAUUAUUGAUUACUUUGAACAGUUUAGACCAAGCCUGAAGUGCACAAUUGUGACAUGGAGAGUGCCUGCAAGUGGUUGGUAUAAGUGCAACAGUGAUGGUGCUUCAAGAGGAAAUCCAGGUCCUAGUUCAGUGGCCUUUUGCAUUAGAGAUGAUAAUGGAGAUCUGGUAUAUGCAGCAGCUCAAAAGAUUGCAGAUGGGAAUAAUUUAGUUGCUGAAGCUGUGGCCAUCAAGCAAGGAAUUAAGUAUUGUAUGGAUCAUCAACUGUAUCCUUUAUUGGUGGAAACUGACUCCUUAGCCAUGAAGAUGUUCAUUAGAGGAACAUGGGAAGUUCCAUGGUGUAUUAGUAUGAUCUUAAAGGACAUCAACAGAUUGAUAAGAGGGCAGAUUGUUGAAGUGGAGCACAUAUAUAGGAAGGGAAACUGCCUGGAAGAUUUUUUAGCUAACUAUGUUUUUGAUUUUGCAGGUACACAGCAAUUUAACACUUUUCAGGAGCUACCUUCUAUGGCUAGGAAACUAUUGAACAUUGAUAAGGCUCGUAUUCCAAAUCGAGAAUCAGAUAUGCAUCGGACACUAGAGUUUCAACAACCGAUUUGCUUAAAUUGCUUUCUUUAG